CCCCCCUUCCCGCCGGCCCGUCCCUCCCCUCCCGUCUGACAGAGCACAGCAGCCCGGGAGGGGAGGAGAGAGAGGAGGAGGCAGCGCGGCGGUCGUGAGUGCCAGUGCAGUCCUCGGUUACUCUCCCAUACUCACUGCGGGGAGGUGGGGGAGGGCGGGCUCCGGGUACCUUUUCCUCCUGUGCCUUUCCUCACUUUAACUAAGCCGAGGCCAAUCACUGGCAGAAGGGAACAAAGGGAAGGGGGGGAGGAAAGCCCACCCCGGCAGCGGCCGCACCAGAAAACCACCGGGGAGGAAGAGUCCUGCGGUUCCCGCUGACAGCAGCGCGGCCCCAGACUGGGCGCCUGGCUCCGCGGCGGCGUUUGUUCUUCAUCGUUGUCCUCCUCGCCGAGUUUAAAAGGAGAGCGGCGUCCGGCAAAGGGAGAGAAACUUGAGUUGGUGUGCGGGCUGUCGGCGGCAGCGGCUCAGCCCUCGCGAUCAAGAUGAAAAGUAAAAAAGGUGUAGUUGCAAUAUCAGGCAGUGAAACAGAGGAUGAUGACACUAUGGAUGUUCCACUGGAUCUUUCCUCAUCUGCUGGCUCAGGCAAACGGAGAAGACGUGGCAAUCUACCCAAGGAAUCUGUGCAGAUUCUUCGAGACUGGCUGUAUGAGCACCGAUACAAUGCUUAUCCUUCAGAGCAAGAGAAAGCACUGUUAUCCCGACAAACACACCUUUCUACACUACAGGUCUGCAACUGGUUUAUCAAUGCACGCCGCAGGCUUUUACCUGACAUGCUGAGGAAGGAUGGCAAAGACCCAAAUCAGUUUACUAUCUCACGGCGAGGGACCAAGCUUCCUGAAGGUGGCCUGGUGGAGUCUUCCAUCAACACAAAGAACUACAUUCCCCUGCUGGAGGACUCUGCCUUCCUUCCCGCUGCCACAUCGCUCGGCAAGACUCUGUCCUCUUCCAAGCCAGCUUCCCCAGGAUCGGUCCUGGCUCGGCCCUCGGUGAUUUGCCACACGACUGUGACUGCAUUGAAAGAUGCUCCUUUCCACUUUUGCCAGCCAGCUGAUGUAGGCCAGACCACGGACCUGCAGAAGCCCCCGGUCAACGGCUUCACAGACAACUCCCUCUCCUACCAUGAGGAUGCGUCUAAACUGGGACCUGGUGCAAAUGCACAAAGUGGGCUCUUUAACACUCCUCCUCCAACCCCACCAGACCUUAACCAGGAUUUUAGUGGAUUUCAGCUACUGGUGGAUGUUGCACUCAAAAGGGCAGCAGAGAUGGAGUUGCAGGCAAAACUUACGGCCUAAAUCCCCUUCCUUCUCCUUUACUGUUUUGUUUUUCCAGGCAGGGAUCUAACAGUUGUGUGGUUAUUGCCACCCACAUGAUAUCAAAAGACUUCACUGCAUUAUUAUUAUUUUUUUUAUUAAUCUUAUUUGCACAAGGGAUUGCUGAAAUGAAGCUUCCUGUCACUGAGAUGGUCUUCAGUGGAAUAUGGUCAUUCCAAGAAUUAUAAACUUAAAGCUACUGUAGAAAGAAAGGAUUCUCUGUUGGGAUUUUUUGUAAUGUUUUCUUUGUAGGUUUUUCAUAAUGUGAGAUGGUUCCCAAGAUCAUGUGAUUUGUUUUUGUUUCUUUCAGACUGUGCAAUAUCUAGUAAUGAUAUAGAGUCUUCUUAUCAUUCCCAUGUGGAACAGACUAUACCGACACGCUGUCUAAAAUGAGUUUUCAAUUUUUUUAACAAUAUGAACUUUGGAUGAUUAUGCUUUUUUCCCAUAAUGUAAUAAAAUAUUUUCUUUAAAAAGGGAUGCAUUCAGAGUGUUUUGUUGAAUACGAGCUUUGCAGGAAACACAGCUAUACUCUUAAAAUAAAUGGAAGUGAGAAAUAUUUUUGAGCUCACACUGACUUUGGUUUAGCGAGCUAUGCUAGCAGUUGUUGUUAACCAGAUGUUUAAAGGAAUGCUGAAAAGUGGGCCAGAAGUACCUAACCAUGUUCUGCUAUGUUGAAAUUCUUUAAAGAGGCCAAAGGGAACUAUGUAGGCAGCUCAUUAAAUUUCAGGGGGAUAUCUUAGGCCCCUCUAAGAAUUCCAGCUUUUGUCUCCUAGAAAUACUUUAGGCUAGGAGAAGUGACAGCCUGGAGAAGUUCUGAAGAUGAAAUGAGGAAGACAGAAGGGAUUGGAGCAAGCAUUCUUUGCAGGUCUUUGUGUUACAGCUGCUAGACAUCACUGGUGACAAAUUUUGAGGGGGUUAGGACAAGGGCUCUCACUCUUCUUUCUUGAUCUAACUAUGACAAGGUUUUGACUUGGUAAUUCAGUAGACUGAAAAAGAAGAGUCUGUGUUGGAUUGCAAUCUGAGUUCUGUGAGCCAGAUCUUGGUGUAAUAUUUAAAACAGGUGGUUGGCUAAGAUGUAGAAGAGAUCCGUGUUGUAUUGGGAUGUAUUUUGACCAACACAAUCCAAGUUACCUUUCAGAGAGUGACUUUGCUAUCAAAAUGACUUAUUACUGAAAAAUGUGAAGACUUGCUUCUCAAAUUUCAACUUACUUGAAUGUCAGUCACCCACACUUAUCCUUCCAAGAACAGUGAAAUAAGAGACCUCUAGGGGAAAAAAUCAGUUCCCACUAAUCCUUAAAAACAAAACAGUUGUCUGUGAGGUUGGAGGAGGGCUUUGUGGAGCAGGAGAGCUGAAAAACUUUAGGGUAUCAUUCUAAGUAGAAGAAUGAAAUGCUCAGUGUGCAAUGUGUAAGCAUUUUGUUUCACUUUGGCAUUUUUUUUUUGUUAAUGUUGGAAAUAGUAUUUAUUUGUUCCCUGGAUUACUCUUUGGAAUUCUGUUGAACUUUUGCCUUUAUUUAACCUUCAUGUUUAAUUUUUUUACAGGCAAAUAGUAAACACCGUGCCUUACUCAUGUUUGCAUCAGCAUCAGUAACACAGUGAUCCUAAUAUACUGUCUGAAUGUAGAGUGAUUUUUAAAAAAAAUAUGUUGAAAUAAAGCUAGAA